GAUUGCAAUAUCCAAGAAAGCGUAGACGAUUGCUCGAGUUGGAAAAGUAGGGCUCGCUUGUACGACACUACAACAAAAUCGUUUAAUUAAAAUAUUUAUCAUUUUCAAAAGUUGGUGCUCUAAUUGUAAAUACAUUGAGAAUUCAACCUGGAGGGACAGAAAAGUAACGGGUGCCGUUCCUGGAAGAAAACCGCUAUAGAUUGUGUUCACUCCUGUGCCGAAACUGGAAUAUUAUGGGAGCUGUCUUGGCCGCCUUUUCUGUCGCAAGCUGGGUGCCGUGUCUGUGUAGCAGUGCGACAUGCUUGAUGUGCAGAUGUUGUCCCCAGAGCAAGAACUCCACGGUGACGCGAGUCAUCUACGCCUUCAUCCUGUUGCUAGGGACCAUUAUAGCCUGCAUCAUGCUGUCACCAGGAGUGGACGAGCAGCUAAAAAAGAUUCCUGGGUUCUGUGAAGACAGAGCAGGCUCCUCUAUCCCAGGCAUCAAUGGAAACAUCAACUGUACGAUCUUAGUGGGCUACAAAGCCGUGUACCGGGUGUGCUUCGGGAUGAGCAUGUGUUUCCUGGCGUUUGCUCUGAUCAUGAUCAACGUGAAGAACAGCCGAGACCCGCGCGCCGCCAUCCACAACGGGUUUUGGUUCUUUAAGAUGGCUGCCAUGGUUGCGGUGACAGUCGGUGCCUUUUACAUUCCUGAAGGGCCUUUUACUCGCAUGUGGUUCGUGGUGGGUACCUGUGGGGCGUUCUGCUUCAUCCUGAUCCAGUUGGUUCUGCUGGUGGACUUUGCCCACUCCUGGAAUGAAUCCUGGGUGGACAACAUGGAGAGAGGGAACUCCAGGGGCUGGUACGCAGCCUUGCUCGCUGUAACUGGACUCAACUACGUCAUGGCCUUCAUCGCCGUCAUCCUGAUGUACCUGUUCUACACGCAGUCAGAGGGCUGUGUACUAAACAAGUUCUUCAUCAGCUUCAACUUGCUCCUCUGUGCCGUAGCCUCUGUUGUGUCUGUCCUGCCCAGAGUACAGGAAUCCCAGCCCCGAUCUGGUCUACUCCAGUCCUCCAUCAUGACCAUGUACACCAUGUAUCUGACCUGGUCUGCCAUGACCAACGAGCCUGACCGGACAUGCAACCCCAGCCUGCUGAGCAUCUUCCAGCAGACAUUGGUGCCCACGUUGGCCCCUCUGGAGAUUGAGAACCAGACGGCCGUGGUGAUCGUCGGCACCGAGGAGCCCAUCCUGUCCUCUCCCUAUCUGCAGUGGUGGGACGCCCAGAGCAUCGUGGGAUUGUCCAUCUUCGUCCUCUGCAUCCUCUACUCCAGCAUCCGCUCGUCCAACACCAGCCAGGUGAACAAGUUGACCAUGACCUCCAAUGACACGGUGAUCCUGGAGGAGAGUAACGCGGGCACACCGGACGAGGAGGUGGGAGGGACGGGGACGGGGAGGAAGGGACCCAGGCGUUUGGAGGACAACGAGAGGGACACGGUCCAGUACAGCUAUUCCUUCUUCCACUUCAUGCUCUUCCUGGCUUCGCUCUACAUCAUGAUGACUCUCACCAACUGGUAUAGUCCUGAUGCAGAAUACAAUGCCAUGACCAGCAAGUGGCCGGCGGUUUGGGUGAAGAUCAGCUCCAGUUGGGUGUGUCUCACCCUCUAUGUCUGGACCCUGGUCGCCCCCAUGAUACUCAUCAACCGGGACUUUAGCUGAAAAGGUUUCCGCUAACGCAGUAUUCAUCUUUCACUUUUCUUAUCUUGAUUCCUGAUUUUGCUUAGUUUUUUUACGUUUUACAUAAACAUUGACCUUAUUGCCUACAUAUCACGUGAUUUUCAGUCAAAAUGGACUGUGUUUUUGUGUACUAGAUGUUGAUGGUUUUUCAUAAAAAUAUCUCUGUAGUUAGCAUUUUAGAUCUAUUAGAAGAGAUAGAUUCACACAUGAACCUGGUGUUAAAUCUCUAGCCUUGUGUUGGUACAUUUGACAUUUUGUGCAAUUUGGGACCAAACACAGGGAUAGUUGACCUUCAUGUCAAAGGAACAUCUUUCAUUAAAAAUAUAUAUAAUUUAUCUCAUGAGUCAAUAUAUGUCUAUGGAUGUUAUAUUCCUGCAUUAUGGGAAAUAUAGGCUUAAGAAUAGACUCAAACUACAAUUCUGACCAUUCCUGACCCUCUCCAAGGACCGUAAGUGGUAAGAGGAGAAUAAACAAAUAUUUUUUAAACAAUGUUAUAUUUAGCCCACAAAUAUUUAGCACCUAUAAUCACAUCUAUCGACUAUGUCACAAUUAUUGCUUGAUAUCUGAGUUGAAUUGUUAUUUUCAAAAGCAUUUAUUCCCUUUACUGUUAUAUUUAUCUUUGUGUUUGAAGAAGUCGCUUAGUAUGACAUUUGGUGACAUGAUGUUCGGUAACUGUUUUGUUUGCACUUAUACCCUCAAAGUUUUCAGUAUUACAGAUGCUUAUUUAAUCGUAGCCAACACUGUUCAGUAGUAAUUGAGUUUGCAUAGGUUUAUCCUUACAUGAUUUGAUAUUGUAGUAAGCUGCUAUGCCUUCCAAUGCCUUACGUAUCUGUAAAUGUUUGUGUUUUUUGAAUCGUUGAAUUGAAAUCAACACAAAAUAAGUGUAGCAAUCAAUGUUUGUUGAAAAAUAUGUUUUUUUGAAAGCGAUCCACAAUCUACUUAAAUUAUUUAUGCUUCUGCCAAAUAUUUGUCAGCUUUAUUAAGUUUGUGUCUUGGAGAUUGAAUGUAUGAAUGUCAUUGACUGAAUCAAUAGGCUGAAGCCAUGCUUACUGAAGGAACUUAAGCAUAUUUUGAAAUACAUGUACAGGAUCUACAACAAAAACACAUCGUAAUUUAAAAAAAUAAAUGUAGGCCUAUACAAGCCAUCUACUUAUGUUUUUGUAAUUUACGCUUUGCAUUUAGGCCAAUGGUUCAGUUCCAAAUUGACAGACAUUAUGUCAUAUACACAUACCACAAUUAGAAUGAUGUCCUCAAGCUCAGUUAUGACCACAAAUACAAAGAUAUUGAAAUAUGUUGAUGGCCUUGAUUGGAGCAUGAUGGUUUAUAGCGCAACACUGCCAUUGUGAUAUUGAUGAAAAUGUAUUAUAAGUAUUUAAUUUCAUUCUGGACCAAAACCUUCUGUAAGCUAUAGUUGUGAUGAGAGUCUGCUUGUGGAACAUGCUUCAGUUCCCAUUGAACCACAACUGUUUAGAAAGUCUUGGACGCUAUGUACGAUAAAUAAAAAUAAAGUUUAUUACAAAUG